GACGGAUGUGGCAGAAUGACACUGUUAUGUGUUGCCUUGGGAAAGAAUAGUAAGGUCUUCAAGGUUUGUUAUUGGUUCUCCCCCUUUGCACUGAGCAUGUCGUGGUCUCUUAGUAUGCAUCGCAUGUUGCUUUUCUCGUUUAUUUGCUUACUUUUCCACCAAACACAAUGCUACAGUUGGAAAACAGCGUUUUUUAAGCAACAAGUUGAUCACUUCAGCUUUGCCAACCAGGACAUCUAUGCACAACGCUACUUGGUUAAUUCUACUUACUGGAAAAGAGGUGGGGGCCCAAUUUUUUUCUAUACAGGAAAUGAAGGAGAUAUAGAAUGGUUUGCUCAAAACACUGGAUUCAUGUGGGACAUUGCAGAAGAAUUUGGCGCAAUGUUAAUUUUUGCUGAACACAGAUAUUAUGGCCAGUCACUUCCAUAUGGAAACAAAAGCUAUUCAGAUGUAAAAUAUUUGGGAUAUCUCACAUCGGAGCAAGCUCUUGCAGAUUUUGCAGAGCUGCUCGUUUAUGUAAAGUCAACAAACUCAGGUGCUGCUGAAAGUCCUGUAAUUGCAUUUGGAGGAUCAUAUGGAGGGAUGUUAGCUGCUUGGAUGCGCAUAAAAUAUCCCCAUAUCAUAACUGGGGCGAUCGCGGCCUCAGCUCCAAUUUUGCAGUUUACUGGACUGACACCUUGUGAUGCGUUUAAUCGUGUGGUCACGGCCGACUUUUCUUCGGCAUCAGCAGAAUGUGCAGAGACAAUUCGCAAAUCGUGGAAAGCCCUGUCAAAAAUCUUGGUGAAUGAUGAAGGGAAAGAGUGGCUUAGAACCCACUGGAACUUGUGUGUGCCAUUAAAUGGAACUGAAGAUAUUAAUAACUUGAAGGAUUGGCUUACAAAUGUAUGGACAAACCUCGCUAUGGUUAACUACCCGUACCCUGCUAAUUUCUUGGCUCCGCUGCCCGCAUAUCCGGUUAAAGCUGUUUGUGAGCACUUGACAAAUUCCAGCCUUGACGACCGUUCUCUUUUGGAUGAGAUUUUUAAAGGGCUAUCGGUUUAUGCCAAUUUCACUGGGCAAACUCAGUGUUUGGAUGUUAGUCAACAAGCAGACCAGUCUUUGGGAGACAUGGGCUGGGAUUUUCAAGCUUGCACUGAGAUGGUUAUGCCAAUGUGUGGUGAUGGAAUUAACGACAUGUUUGAAGCUCAGCCGUGGAACCUAGAAAAAUAUUCGGAAAAAUGUCUCAAGAAAUGGAAAGUAAAUCCUAGACCACUUAUGGCACCGCUGAAUUAUGGUGGCAGAAAUAUUUCUUCAUCCUCAAACAUUGUUUUUAGCAAUGGAUUACUAGACCCAUGGUCAACUGGAGGAGUCACAAAGUCACUUUCAGACUCACUUGUGGCUAUCAUAAUUCCAGAAGGAGCCCAUCACCUUGAUCUUAGAGGUGCAGAUCCAAAUGACCCAAAUUCUGUGGUAAAGGCUAGAGAGAUUGAGAAACAGUUUAUUUCAAAAUGGAUUCUAUCUAGUAAACGAGAUAGAAAAGAAAUGCCUAAGUCCUUUAUAGUUGGUUGAAUGUGAUAAAUCAUUUUGGUCUUGCAUAUUAGAUUGCUAUUGUUAUUAUCGCAUUUAUGUUUUCUUUGUUCGCACAAGCGUUCCGAUUUGGUCUCUUGCUUGCUGCAGAAGAUGCACAGUAGUCGAUAACUCACUUGCAUGCAUGUCGAUCGAGAUCUGUUUUUGUCCGUCAGACGAUCCUUCUACCUUGUAAUCAAUACAUACGAAUUAUGAAACGGUA